UUAUUAUACUAAUUUUAUUGGUUAACCCACAAAAUCUCUCUCCUAAAGUGAAAUCCCAAUUAUACCCCUCUCGUCUCCUAAUUUCAACCCCAAUUUGAAAACCCAUUCAAAUUGGACUCCACACUCCAGCUGACCUAGUCUCUCUCCUCUCCCUCUCUCUCUCUCUAGAAAGCAAAACCCCUCCAAAUCUCGACCGCCACCGCCGCCGGCAGCAAUGGGGAAAGGCGGAGCCCUCUCCGACGGCGUGGUGAAGAAGAUCAUGCUCUCAUACAUGUACGUGGCGAUCUGGAUCUUCCUCUCCUUCACCGUCAUCGUCUACAACAAGUACAUCCUGGAUCGCAAGUUGUACAAUUGGCCCUUCCCCAUCUCCCUCACCAUGAUCCACAUGGCCUUCUGCUCCUCCCUCGCCUUCGCCGCCGUCCGCCUCCUCCGCCUCGUCGAGCCCGCCGCCCUCUCACGCCGCGUCUACCUCUCCUCCGUCGUCCCCAUCGGCGCCCUCUACUCCCUCUCCCUCUGGCUCUCCAACUCCGCCUACAUCUACCUCUCCGUCUCCUUCAUCCAGAUGCUCAAAGCCCUAAUGCCCGUAGCCGUCUACUCCAUCGGAAUCCUCCUCAAGAAGGACUCCUACAAGCCCACCACCAUGUCCAACAUGCUCGCCAUCUCCGUCGGCGUCGCCAUCGCCGCCUACGGCGAGGCGAAAUACGAUUCCUGGGGCGUCUUCCUCCAAUUAGGCGCCGUCGCCUUCGAGGCCACGCGGCUGGUCAUGAUCCAGAUCCUCCUCACCUCCAAAGGCAUCAAUCUCAAUCCAAUCACGUCCCUCUACUACGUCGCCCCCAGCUGCCUGGUCUUCCUCUCGAUCCCGUGGCUAAUCGUGGAAUUCCCCGUGCUCAGGCAGCAGACCGCCGCCUUCCAAUUCGAUUUCCUCAUCUUCGGCACCAACUCGCUCUGCGCCUUCGCCCUCAACCUCGCCGUGUUCCUCCUCGUCGGGAAGACCUCGGCCCUGACCAUGAACGUCGCCGGAGUCGUCAAGGACUGGCUCCUCAUCGCGUUCUCGUGGUCGGUGAUCAAGGACACGGUCACGCCGGUGAAUCUGAUCGGCUACGGACUGGCGUUUAUGGGCGUAGCCUACUACAACCACUCGAAGUUGCAGGCGCUGAAGGCGAAGGAGGCGCAGAAGAAGCCUCCAGCCACGGAUGAGGAGGCAGCGAAGCUACUGACCGAGAGAGAAGGGGAUGCGGUUGGAAUGGGGAAGAAGGAUGAUUCGCAAGCUUGAAUUUGGGGUUUUUAUGUAAAUUAAGGAAACGGAUUAGCAGAGGUUUUUGUUGGAAUAAUGUGAAGAAGAAGAAGAAGAAAAUUGGGGAUUAGGGCAAGAUUCAAUCUGGUAAUUUCUCCUUGAAUUUCCAUAUUUUUCUUUUUCUUGCUCACACACUCCCAUUUAUAUGUAACAUUAUUAGCAUAAAAAAGUGUUUGGAUGAAUUCUCAUUCCAAAUUUCCCCUUUUUUCAUGUUAAUUUUCACCAUUUUGUUCCAUUUCUGUUUUACAUCAAAUUUGUUCUAAUUCUAAUUAUAUUUUGCAAGUUCAAA